GGGAAAAUUCCACGAGAAGCAAACGGGGGAGCUGUUCACCAGAGGUUAUGUCCGUCAGUCAAAAUCACUGAUCAAAAUAGUUACGCGACGUAUGUAAAAACACAAUGAACGCAGAAGAUGAUAAGCUCGGUCACGGCAGAGUGAUAUUUCCAGAAAAAACACACAUUAGAUUUCGAGGACCCCCUAAGAGUUCCGGAUUACAAGGGAGUCGUAUAGAAAAUGUUAAUGUUCAUCCUACACGUCCCGCAGCCACCAAGCUGUCAGCCAAACAGAAUGCAACAAAAAAGCACGGGAUAUCUCUGGGCCAAUUCUUGAGAACUGAGUUAACGCGGGGUUAUCAAUUGGAAAAUGACGAAGAACGGUACUCCGCUAGAAGGGAGAAAAUCUAUUCUUUCAUGAAGAUACCAAGAGAACUUGAGAAGUUUAUGGCUUAUGGGUUUUUCCAAUGCGCAGAUUCAUUCCUUUUCGUCUACACUUUCCUGCCAUUGAGAUUCCUCAUGGCUCUUUGGGCGGUGGUGACAAGGCCACUGAUUCGUUGCUUGGGGGGAAAAAAAAUUAAUGGUAAAAAGGGAGAACGAUUGCUUCGACCAGCUGAGGUUUGCGAUUUGCUCAAAGGAGUCGUUGUACUUGGAUGCUGGGCUGCAACUUGGCGAGUGGACACUUCCAUGAUGUAUCAUCUAGUGAAAAGCCAAUCAGUGAUCAAGUUGUAUAUAUUUUACAAUAUGCUCGAAGUUGGGGAUCGACUCUUCAGUGCUUUUGGUCAGGAUACAAUUGAUGCACUGCUGUGGACCGCAACUGAACCUCGUGUCCGUGCAAAUUCCAACCAUACUCGACACCUCGGAACGCUACCACAUCUGCUUUUUGCCUUUGCCUACGUCUUACUGCACAGUAUAUUGGUACUUUUCCAAGCAACUACACUUAAUGUUGCAAUAAACAGUAACAACAAAGCUUUGCUAACGAUCAUGAUGUCUAAUAACUUUGUUGAACUGAAGGGGUCCGUCUUCAAGAAAUUCGAUAAAACCAACUUGUUUCAAGUUUCAUGUAGCGAUGUGCGGGAGCGAUUCCAUUUAGCUGUUCUACUUCUUGCUGUCUGUUUACAAACUAUGAAAGAAUAUGCUUGGCGAGUAGACCGCCUCAUUGUUCUUCUGCCUGAUUGUAUUCUUGUACUUGUGGCAGAAGUUCUUGUCGACUGGGUAAAGCACGCAUUCAUAACGCGUUUCAAUGAACUUCAGUCUACCGUGUAUAGAGACUACACCGUAAGCCUGGCUUAUGACAUGGCACAGACGCGCCAGGAGACAGCAUUUUCAGACCAAUCUGAUUUGGUUGCGAGACGAAUGGGAUUUAUUCCACUUCCUCUUGGUGUCGCAAUGGCUCGUGUCCUUUGCACAACUUUGACACCCAGUGCCAGACCAGCAAAUCUGAUUCUUUUGGUAUUGGCGUAUCUUGUGCUGAUAUCUUUUAGGAUACUGAACAGUUUGGUCAUUUUGGGCAAAGCUUGUGACCUGAUUGCUUCGCAUACUCAUUCAAACACCGCAGAUCCAAAAUCAUCAUCGACGCCACAGGAGGCGGAAUCAAACAAUGUGGAUACGGCCAAUCCAACAUUAGCAAUGGCCAUUUUUUCCAAUAGUGCAGUGAGCUUAAAUAAUGUGUGCCUCAACGAGGCUCUGUUGAAGUCAGAAAACCUUGAACAGGGUACAGAACCUGCAGCUCCUUCUACCAAAAAUGUAGUAAGAGCAGGUAGCGAACCACUACUUCCUCAAGGGCAAGAGUUUUUGAGCUAAACAUUUCAUAUUCUCUUGUGUUAUUUUACAUAAUGUAAAUAUUUAAAGUUGUAUAUAUACACGUAUGUAUAUAUGGAGCAUGUUUCAGCAUAUCUGCUUUAUUUGAUUUUCUGUUAUUUCAUCCACGCCAAUGGCAUCUGAAAUGAUAGUUACCUACGGAUGAUUUUAAGUAUAUGAAUAUUAAGGGACAUUUCUUUGCAAAAGUUGUGAAAAAAUUUCCAGCGCCAAGAUGAGGAUAAAAAUUAGACACUUUCAAACUAAAUUUUUAGAAGUGAUGAUAAAGGCGCAGUUAUAAAAUUUCAAAUACAUACGCGCUCUAAACUUCACUAGAAAAGUAAAAUAUUAGAAUCAAGCUAUACGACGCAGCCAUCAUUGCAAUAAAAAGUGGUGCUUGAUUUUGAUCACCUGAACUUUAUGUGUAUUCUACUCGCAAAAUUUUAACAGAUGGUUAAUUCAUCGAUAAUUAGAACUUCGGAUUUCAACAAUUGGGUUCCAAUUACAGUACAAUGUCUAACGUUAAAUCGACUAUCUUUUCUUUAUUUUUUUUUACUCUCAGUGAUGAAGGCUGAUCAUGGACAUGACAACGGUGUUUGCUUGUAACUAUUGUAUAUUAACAUCGGUGUAGCAUUAAGUAAUCUUUUCUAGAUUAAAUAAACAAAGAUUGUACAAAUUA